GGUCGUUCUCCCACCGGACCGGAAUGGCGCUUGGUGUUGUACACUGUAAAAGGAAGUUGCCCUGCAAAACUUUUUGGAUACAAUCCUGUCCGACCAGCCCCAAAAUGAACAACCCAUAACCUUGAGUCCAUUCAUGGGAAAGCUGCUCUGAAAGUGAAGAUGAUCAACUGGCAUGGAUACACAAAUCAGAACUGAAGGAUUCACUGGUUGAUAUGUACAAAGCUAAUCCCAAAGUCAAUGAAGAACUGAAACAAAGGUUUCCGUCCCCCGUAAGGCACCAUUGUUCAGAGACCACACCACAACUUGGAUCUUCUGAACAAGACUCAUCUGUGUCUCCAAAUCAAAGUUCAUCAAAAGCCUUGGAGGAAAAAAUCAUACUGGUUUUGAAGACUCCACAUCCCGGUGAAGGUUUGCCAGCCAAACCCCCUCCGCCUCCACCCGUACCCCGCACACCUGCAACUGAAGUGAGAAUAAUGGAAGAGAAACGGCCUCUACAGAGAGCUACAUCACAGCAGGAACAGGACAGAAAUGAGACAACCGGCAGUCCGGUUCACACACCUCACGUCAGCAAAGCUGCGUCUACUGCGCUCAGGCAAACUCACGAGGACCAAGAGAGAAACAAAGUUAUCAGUGACUCCAAAAAGCAAAUCCCAGUUCUGGAUAAAGAGAAGAACAUUGCAUUUCUCUUAAAGGAACUGGAUUCACUUAGAGACCUCAAUAAAAGGCUUCAGGACAAGUUGGCACUGAAGGAGAAAGAGUUGGAAACCAAACUGCUGGACUGUCAGCUACAGGAGUCUAAGCUGGAGGCCCAGGCCAGCGAGAGAGCAGCAGUGUUAGUGGAAGAGAUCUAUAAGGCUCAGAAGGAGAGAGAUCAGGCUGUGAUGGCCAGACUGCGUCUGGCGAACGAGGAGAGAGAUGAAGCUUUACUCCGGGCCAAGAAGCUUCAGGAGGCGACGCUGGAGCUGGAGAAUAUUAAACCGGAGGACAGUAAUGUGGACCUGGAGGAGUUGUUGAACAGAGUUAACAGCGCUGACUCUGCCCUCGAUAUCGAGCAGAGCGGGGCGGCCAUCAUCGAACAGAUCCAGAGGGCAAGGGAGCGCCGCUCUCAGAUCACUUCCGAAGAGAUGAAAGCCGUCAUAGAGGGGCGAGAUACGGCUUUAAAUAGGUGCAAGCGUCUGGAACAAGAGCUCCUCCGUGCAAAAGAGCCAAAGAGCACCCGUCACCUGGCCGGUCAAAACAGUCAGGAACGAGCGAGCAAGCUCGAAGAGGAGCUGGUGGAAGCCCAGAGGCAACGAGAUAAAGCCCUAGAGCUCAGUCGCACACUUGAAGAGGAGCUACAAACCUUACGCAGUGUGCUGCAGGGUAAAACUGAUGACAGCAGUCAUGACAAUCCUGCCACCUCGAACCAGAGCCAGACCCAAAUUGAAGCCCUGCAGCGUCGUUUCCAGCAGGUGACAUCAGAACAUCAGCACGCGCAGACUCAACUCUGCCUGGCUCAGGAACGAGAGAGAGAGGCCAGUGAGAAAGUUCAAAGGUUGGAGCGGUUGGUGGAGGUGUUAAGGAAGAAAGUUGGAACAGGCAGUGUCCGUACGGUGAUCUGACUAACUGGCCGCCGGGCGACCCGAGCAGACGGCCACAUCUGGUGUCCAGGCUGCAGCAUUUAACUCUGAGCAAACAGCCGAAGCCUGGCCUGCGUAAACACAGGCUGGAAGUGCCUUUCUGCCUCUCAGUCCUGUUCUCAUUGCAGGGUGGCUCAGAAACUGGAUCGUAAAUGUUUAACCUCAUUCACACUGCAUUCACCAAUGAACGAUCCUCUGUCAGUUUUUUAACUCUCACACAAUUCUGCUCUUUGGGUCUUUAUUAUUAAAAAAAAAUGCUAUGGGUCAGUUUAAGCAACCAAUCGAUUGGACAGUUACAUGGUCAAGUACUGAGAUAUGUUUUCAGCUAUUUAAUAGACCAAGCUGAUUUUUUAAAUAGUUUUCCUUAUUGUUUACUUGAUCUUCGGGUAUUUUUCAUGUUUUUUCUGAAAUUAAUGAAAAGGACAAUCGACAGUGCAGAAGCAACCCAAUCAGUAUUUAUCAUUCAAUCUUGUUCAGUAUU